ACUGGUGAAACAAUGUGUGGAAGAGCGACCAUGAAGGCACACGAAAUUUACAUUACUUCGUCAGUGAAUCAUACCGUUUUGAACUCUAAAGGCGCAGUUGGUUCACCGCGCGUAUUUCUUCCACUUUUCCCAAGAAUUCAAUGGAUUUUAGAAUUCUCUGAUGGAUACAAGUGAAAGGAAACAGUGAAUGUUAUCAAUGUUUGGAGGCGAGAUAACUUAAGCUCAGUUAUCGCUCCAAUGGGUUCUCUCGAUACGCUAUCAGUUGCAAUUGGUGUGGUGACAGACGUUCCGGGUUUUGUGUGUCGCGGCGCCGGAAGAUGUCUUUGCGUUUGCAUAAGCUCAAGUGGCUCAUUCUCACCCUGAGCGGCUUGACGUUCCUGUACCUUCUCUACUUCAACUUCUCCACCAUCAAUGACCACAAAGACUUCCACAUUUAUCUGCAGAAACUGAAGAGGAUCAGCGCAGAUCUCACGCGCAAAGGCUGGGAUGAUUCGACAGUGUCACAGUGGCAGCAGAGUUUGGAGAUUCAGAGGAAAAUCGAGUGGAAAACGUGCGAUUUUAACAAUGUUGUCGUGGGACUGCCCGGAGAUUCCAUCGAUGACCAUCUGUGGGAAUAUGCAUCCCUUCUGGUGCUCAAGGAACGGUGGAAGAGUGACAAAAACGUGUCAAUGGGAGUGUUUUUGGCGCCACAGACACGAAGAGCGCUUGUAGAUAUAUUAGAUGAAGUGCACAUAGAUUCUCUGGAGACUUACCCGAGUGGCUGUUUGGAUUUGAAGCACGCCAAUAUUCUGGGCCACGUGAACAGCGUGGAGGUGGAAAAGACAACAGUUGGAAAGCCACGGCUUUUCCUACUCGAGAAGGGCGCAAAACGAUAUAAAGAGCUAUCUGUGACUGAUCUCAGCCAAAUCCGGAGCUACUUCGUGCUCAAUGACGAUUUACUGCAAGAGAUGAAGCAGAGCGUCUUCGAAUUGCGGGAAUUUUUUAGCCGUCCUAAUGACACUGACGAUGUCUUCCUUGUGGGCCUGCAUUUGGGCAACAAUCGCAUUCCGCAUAAGGUGCCUGAAAACUUCUACCGAAUGGCCAUUCAGAGCGUCAAACUGUGGCACGAAGAUGUCGGCGUGCUGGUCAUCUGUCCAGGCGAGAAGAUGAAGUUCUGCGAGAAGACUUUCGACACGGAGGACCCGGUUAAGAUCAUCCGAUCUGGCGGGGAUCAGGCGAAGGACUUCGCGCUGCUCACGCUCUGCGACGGGAACAUCCUGCAUAGUGAUCUGGGCUUCCUGGCGGCGUUGCUCAAUGACGGCGAGACCGUGGUUCACCAGUCACACCCUCCGGACAACGAUCCAGCCGUUCACAUGGCGCAUUCCCGGCCAAGGUGGCUCACGCUGGAGAAUUGAAACAACUUGGAUUUUUAACAAAUCUCUUCUCCUCAUUGUUAUCCAUUUUUAUCUCUUGUUGCUUGUGACACAAUCCAUCUUUUUGUUUCUCUCUCCCUCGCAAAUUCACUCGCACACACUGUUUUUUUUUAAUACAUAUAUCAAAUAAAAUAUAACAUUGAAAAUAUCUCAAUAGUACAACUAAAAUUAUACAGUGGAAAUUACUAAAUUAAAAAAAAUGGGAGGAGAUAAAGGAAUUCAUUUCUUUGUUCACACUAAAAAUAAUAAUAAAUCGUACGAAAUUAUAAAUCUUAUAAAAAUGUUUCACAAAACCUCGUUCUCGCUUUCGCUUCACUAAAUAAAGUACAAGAUGUGAAAAAACAG